UAUUAGUAAAAAAGUAAAAAUAUUCGGAAAAAAUGCAAUUUGCCAAAAAUGUCAAUGCAAGUGUUAGGAGGUUUUCGCUGUUUUUGGUUUCCAUGGCCAUUCGUAAGCAGACCAACAACAAAAGAAUUGUUGUCAAAAGGGAGUGCAAAGUCUUAACAUGUUGUUAUUGCAAUUAUUGACGGAACUGACAAAGCAAGCAUUAGCAUGAAAAAAUAUGUAGGCAAAAUGUGAGAAAAAGUGUUUUGCUGUGAAAUAAGGAAACAACGACAAUAACAACAACAAAACUAGAGCUUAUAUUCCUGUAAAACACUCAUCAAAAACUUAAAAAGUUCAUUUACAACACUUUUAAAACGGUUAUAGAGCAGUAGUGUAUCAACAUCUGUUAAUAAAGUGGUUACAAAACAAAAACUGGACCAAACAAAAGUCUCCUCAUCACAAUGUGUAACUGACAUGGCGGAAGGUUGCGAAGAAACCGAGAGCAACAGUAGCAAUCGUAACGCCGAUAACGCACCCACCAUGUUGGGCACCGUAUUGCCAUGCGAAGCUGCCAUAACCGCCUCUCUGGGUGUAUCAGGUGGCGGUGUUAUGAAACGUGAAUUUGUCGAUGCCACCAGUGUCUUGGGUGCCCAUCUAACAGCCAGUGUCAGUUUAGCCAGUCCCACCCACUCAAUGGCCUCACCUUCAAUAACAACCACCACGACGGGAUCAAAUCAUAUACCCACCUCCACCACCAACAAUCAGCGACUUACACCCAAUUCUAAUAAAGCCAAUGCAGCGAACUCUUUGGGUCCCUUAGUGUGUACCACCUCUGCCCUGCUUUCUUCAUCCUCCUCAUCAUCCUCUUCUUCAUCCUCGUCUUCGUCGAAUUCUUCCUCAUCCUCCUCGACUUCGUUGAAUACAUCAACCACGGCUUCUUCAUCCACUACAGCGGCCAUAGCCAAUAAUUCGAAUACUAACAAAUCGCCUUCAUCAUCACCAUAUUCUAGUGCAGCUAUUGCUUCGUUAAGCGGUGUAUCGCCUCAUUCUCCCGACAGAGCUACUCCUGGUCAUAAUAGUAAUGGUAGUUGUGGUCUGGACACCUCUUCGACAAAUGUAACAACAACGACAACAACUGUUGCGCCACCAGCGGCUGUAGGAGCUAUAACUCCUACCUCAACACCGGCGCCUUUAGUUACGGCCAACAAUUGUGCGUCACCUACACAUGUCGAUGUGGCAUUGAAUAUUAAAACAGAAGCGGUAAGUGACAAGAUAAUGUUAAUAUUAGUCUUAAGUUAUUCAUACAAUUUUCCAAAGCCUUUCUUUAGAAACGACCAUUAAAAUCUGACGAACUUUUCUUUAGAUAAGAUCAUCACAGUCUGACGAACCUUUCUUCAGAAAAGAUCAUCAAAGUCUGAUGUACUUUUCUUUAGAAGAGAUCAUCAGCUUCAGACGAUCUUUUCUUUAGAAAAGAUCAUCAGAGUCUA